AUGCCAACGAUCAAUUUCAGCGUGCCAACAAUUGAACCAUCUAUUCCGACAGUUACCGCAUAUACGCCUAGCAUUCAACCAAGUGUACCAUCAAUUGAAGUAAAUUUUUCAAUAACAACACCUCAGAUACCAAUGUCUGAGCAGAGUAUGCCUACAAUGGAAUUUAACCUGUCAACAUUUGAAAUGUCCACCCCAACCUUCCCGACGCUAACGUCAACGGUCGAAAUCCCAACUAUCAACACAACAGAUUUUACCAUUCCAACGAUUACAUUUAACAUUUCUAACAUAACAUUCGUUAAUAUAUCGACAUUUGACACUACUGUUCCGACUUUUACAGUACCCAUACAAUUUCCAUGUUCAACGUACAGUGAACUGAAAGUCGUUUGCUGUUCAACAGAUUUGUGUAAUACAGUGGGACUUACCUCAGAACAAAUGCAACAGGCACCGCUUGUUCAAUACACAGGAAGCCUGUCCACACAAGAAACAUCUUCAACAUCAGCAACAACACUUCAAACAUCAGAAACAUCAGCAACAAUACUCCAAACAUCAGCAUCAAUACCCCAAACAUCAGCAUCAACACCCCAAACAUCACCAUCAACACCCCAAACAUCAGCAUCAACACCCCAAACAUCAACAACAAUGCGUCAAACAUCAAAUCAAACCUCACAACCAUCAGCAGCAACGCCUAAAAUACCAGUAGUCACACUUCAAACAUUCGUUCUUUGUAAUGGUAUUAUAUAUCUAUGUUUGUUUUUCGAAUCAUUUCUUUGA